AUGGCCCCCACUGGUUCUGCCAGAGACCGCCUUCCUGUGCGACCACAUGGAGCUCUGGGCGGUGCACACGCUAACGCUUCACAUGCUGGCGUACCCCCACACCCCAUCCACCACCCCUCCUCAGUGGAUCUGCCAGAGAUCGCCUUUCUGUGCAACUCACGGAGCUGUGGACGGUGCACACACAGUCUGUUCUCUUUGCUACCUACCCCCGAUGCUAAAGCCACAUGUGCUGCCCCUACCCCCAUUCAACCCCCUCUGGAUUCACCAGAGAUCGCCUUCCUGUGCGACCUCACGGAGCUGUGGACAGUGCGCACGCUGUCGGUGUGUCGGGUGCUCUCCAUCUCACGAGACGACUACCGCUCCGUGGCUCGCACCCACCCCGCUGAUGACCGCCACGUCAUCGCCAACCUGCUCAACCGGUGGGGCGCGCAGCAGGGCGGAGGCGACGGCCCGGUUCUACCCCGGCAACAGCACCAUGACGGAGCUGUCUCUGCUGCUCAAGAACGAGGUCGAGGUGAGGUGGUGGGGGGGAAGCGGCAUAGCAGCAUGGCAGCAUGGCAGGGGGGAUACAAGGGGGUGUGA